CAUGGAUCGUGCGCUCGUUGGCCAUCAGAUUGAAUGCAGAUUUUGAAAGUGUUCUGCAAAGUGCUUAUUGUGUUGUAAAUCAAUUACAUCUCUAAUUAAAACUCAACCAUUUUGUGAAUACUGAAGACUUGCGGCUGGCUCGAAAGUCUUUUCCAUCUUACAACGAGAAAAAACCUUUCAAAAGGGACAUCACGAGAGGAGGAGGAAGAAAAGACCGUCGCAGCAUCAACAUGGCGCAGGAGACAGAGGCAGUAGCGGGAGUCAAGGGUCAGCCCCGAGACCAUAUCGAGGAGGAUGAAGUCAGCGAACUGCACCGGACACGCAGCUUUUACGACGGAGUGCGAGAGCAGGCCGAGCGCUUUGCUAGCACGCGCUUGGGUCAGUUCAUAAUCGAACGCGGGGAUCGUGCGCUUCGGAUGAUCGAGGACACGGCCAAGUGGAGUCUGCCGCAGGAAAAAUCUGCUGAUCCCUUGCAACGGCCUCUGCCCUGGGGUCCGUUCCUGUUUCUGAUCAUUAUGCUGCGCCUCACGCGCAUGUGGUUGUCGCUGGGCGCAUUGAUGAUCGGCAACAGCCCCAUCUCCCCCUCCGACUUGGUCUAUUUCAUUCAGACCAGGCGCCGCAAGUUACGAGCCAUUCGAGUGCAUGGUCUAAAGGUGAUGCGGCAGCGCCAGCAGGAAGUAUCCUACGGCAGUGGCAAGGGCUUGACCCAUAAGCUCACCCAGUGGUUUUCCCGGGCUAUGUGCCGCCCUGGCGUACAGAAGGCCAACAGCGGGCGACUCUUCCAGGUGCGCAACAUGGAGCAGACUACACAAACCAGUCCGGCUGUGAUGAAGCGUCCGCGUGAGGAUGAGACGAACACUGAUCUUGAAACCGACCACAACCUUACCAUCGACCAAAUGCUGGCCAAAUACGCCCUGGAGAACUCGGAAGAUGACUCUGACUUCGUGCCCAAUCCCGAUGAGGAGGAGGAAAGCAGCGACGGCACCAGCUCCGAGUCCAACACCAGCGAGGAGAUCAGCAGCGAUGAGGCAAAUGAUAUUGCCGAUCAGGCCACACGAAAGCCCCCAGCUUUGGUGGUGGAAAACGGUGUACACAAGGCAGAACCCAACGAGAGAAAAGACAAGGAGAUGGAGAUGGCAAAGGAAAAUGACAAGGGGAAGCUGAGCGCCACGACAACCAGCAAUGGCGGCCACGACAAGGAGCAGGCGGAAGUUGCAGGUGGGGCCAGGCUGGAGGAGGACAAGUGGAAGUCCUCGCCGGGACACAUGAGUGCUGCCAUGACGAAAAUCCAAUCCUACAACAGCACGGCAGCUGCAGCCGGCACUGAAGCAGCAGCCCCAUGCGAACCCGAACCUGAACCUGAAACCGAGUCCGAAUCCGAUCCCACACCUGAUCCUCAAUCCCAAUCCCACGAUGAGUCAGACGAUGACGGUAGCAGCACGAGCAGCAGCAAAACUGGAUGCACAGUCUACCGAAGGGAGACCACAUUCGAAAAGACCCAGCCAGAUACCCAAACCGAACAGACCAGUGAAGUUGCUGCCACACUAACUACCCAAGUAUCCAACUAUCCCACAAUCGACACACUAACACCAGCCACCUCCUCCGAAGAUAUAUUCUAUAGUCCAAUUGGAUCACCAACCCUAUUUAAUACCAGUCUGGGGACUCAGGCUCUGCUGAAGAGUGUGAGCAUUCAAUCUGUCUUGGCACACUCCACUCCCACCUUGGAACUGGAAGAUGUGGCCUCUGAAGCACCCCCCCAUCAGCCUGAACCCGAGAUAGCCCCAUCGCAGCAGAAGCAGCCACAUCAGCAACAGCAGCAGCAGCGACAGAAUAACUAUUCCCACCAACGCUAUCGCGGACGCAACAGACGCUAAGCGAUAAUGCAUUCUAUCUAUCUAUAUAUCUAUAUACAUUUCCUUACUUUUUUACUUUAAAUUCCCAUAUUGUUAGUGAAUAUCGUACUGCGAGUAAAUCUCUGAACUCAA